AUGUGUUGUGGCAAGCACACAACAUUAUCUCUUAACGGUGUCGGGAAUGAACGCCUGAAUUCUGCAUGUGACUAUGAUUCGCAUACAGUCUGCCAAAUACAGGCGAUAUCUUUCAUAUCACAUACACCUAAUCCUGUGAACUAUUCAAAACCGCCAUUUUACUCACGUAAUCUAACAGAUCGUCAGAUCGUUUUCUUUACUAAUACUUAUCAUAUUAGUAUCAUUUAUUCUCUUGCAUUACCAGAAGUUAUUACAUUGAAAUAUAAUAGUUAUGAUUAG